AUGAGGAAUGAUUUGAGGAGGGAGAGGAAAUUGCCUGGUUAUUUUGACAGGGAAGUGUAUAAUAUUCUCGAUUCUCCGUCCACGGCGGCUGCUGCGACUGUGGAGACUCCUACGGCCGCGGUGGAGGCGGCGGUAGACGAGGAAGUGCACCUAUAUGAUAGUAAUCGGAGAGUUGGGAGUGAUGAUGGGUUGUUCUCUGAUUGUGAGAAGGAGGAGGUUUUGCUUUCGGCCCCUUCCAAGGAUGUUCCUGCACCCGUUCCAAUCUCAGCCCCAACAGGUGGGCCUUCACACUUACUACCACCACCCGAAGUGGUUGUCCUACCGACGCACCACGGGCAUCCGCCAUACGUGGCUCAGCAUCAACAACAAGCGGUGUUCGGUUCUUACGACCCUCUUCCACCCUCCAUGAACAAGGUUGAAGAUGAAGAUGCGAGGGAGGAGAUGAUCGAGAAGAAGACGCUUGCGCAACAGAGCGAUUUAGGUUGGUGA